AUGAUGCCAAUUGUAGACAGAAAAAGGGACAGCAGAAGACGCGGUAGUUCAGCUCUUUUGUUAAAGACGGAGAAAAUGACGGAAGAAGAAGUAAUAGUCAAACUACUAAAACGUAGCAAGGAACGCAAAAAUACCAGCUCGACGAUCAUCGACGAAUUACAACUGCUUCUCAUUAAACAUCUCUUUCUGCCCUAGAUUUGCCCAGCGGCAGGCAAAUUAAGACAGGAACUUAAAAUCGAUCGAGGUAAGCAUGUUUUGAAGUUAAACAUAUUUGAACGAGAGAUAACACAAUUAUUUAAUCUGGCUUUCGUAUGAUAUGAAGAAUCAGGCAGACCUGGGAGCGAGGCAGAUAAGCCGUGCCAGAUAAUACCCUCGUUCUCGAUCUGUCCAAUUCUUCAUAUCAUACUAGAAUCGAAUCCAAUAAUUGCUGAUUAGCCUAAAUACUCCAACAAUAUUAAGAUAUACAAAGCGAAAUAAAUUUGUCUUUUUUCUAUAAAAGCAGUUUUAUUAACACAAAAAGUUAAAAUUGUAGGUUUAAAGGUUUUCGGUAUUGUUUGAAAUAAAAAAAUUUACGACAUUCAAGAACAUCGAGAGACCUCAUUUUUCCUCAGUAAAACAAUUUUGAAAAUCAUUUCAUUUCCCGAAGUGAGAUAAGGGUGUUAGAACACUUCGUUGUGUCUUCUUUUCUGCGAGGUGUUUAAAAUUUCCUCUUAGAGAAUAAAAUCUGUAGUUUAUAAAAAAUUUCCACUCACUGAAAACAUUUUACUGCCAUGGUUUUUAAGGCAGUUCGAAGAAUGUACAUGAUUCCGUGAUAUGUCCGUUCCAACAUGACUUCUGUGUGUUCACAGUUGGAUUUUCAAGGAGUUAUAAUAACUCCGCUAGAGGGGUUAAUUUAACUCCUUACAGAUUAACUCCUUAUAAAUUUUUUCAAAAUUCUAUCUGUGAAGUAUGUAACAGAUAGCUGAGUGGAGUGAUUCCUGCAAAAACCAAAUUGAAACUUGUUAAGUAAAUAUUUCUUUUCCAAAUAGCUUUGCAGCUGUUGACAAACUUGAUUACUUUUUUCUCUAAAAACUUUCUUUCUUCAUAAACGAGUUAACUGUUGAUGAAUAGGCUUGAGGGCUAUCAACACAAAACGGCGGGGAAAUUGGCGCGAAACGAAUGAGCGGCGAUGGAAUAACUUCAGUUCAUACGUUACAUGGCUUCUGGUUGGACAAACAAUUUCUCCACCGUGGGUCAUGAUUGACAAAAAACUUAUUGGCCACGUGCAAGUAUUUAAAUGACCAAAUUCAGCACUGAAUAACAUAAUAGGGACUUGAAGCAAAUAGUUACGGCGACCUCUACAGUGGCGGUCGUGGAUGCGCAGUCCUGGAGAAAGUACGUCACCGUAGUCCGCCAAAAUUUCAAGUAAGCGGCGUCCGAACAGUGACUAGGGUUCAGUGACGGAGGCUCACUUGCUAUUGUUGUUAGUAAGUCGUAAUGACCUCCUUUAGAGAAGCAAGGGAUGUCAAUUUUCUCUCUUAUGAUCAAGGAUUAAUCAGUGACGAUAAGUUUUUGUUGCUAUAUGAUUCGUACAAGCCCCAAAAUCUAGAUUUUCCGUGCGACUUGUACACGGCAUCUGACCUCGGUUGAGGAUAAGAAAUUUUAGAUUGAGAAAACGCAGGAAAACACGUAAUUACCGGAAAACCAGAAGCGUCCAAUACUUUCUUGAUAAAGUAAAAAACAAUCUGUGAUAGGAUUUAAACCUGUGAUUGAAAAAAAUAGGAGAAAACUAGACUUUUAUACUCACGCAGUAGCGACUACGCCACAAGACAGGUCUUCACCUUGCAGGAUUUGGCGCUUGGGCGAAAGGUCACUUCAAGGCAUUCGCACUGCGUCAUUUUUGGGCUUUUACUUCCGGCCGCCGUAGUAGAGGUCGCCGAGGCGAUGUUCUUAAAGUCCCUAACACCACCUCCGCGGUAUCGCCAGUACCUUGCGCAUGCGCUCAGCCAUAUGGCCUUAGGCGACUUAGGCGAAAGGUCUUACUUGCGAUUGCUGAAACAGCCGUUUUAUGAGGCGAGUUCACCUGCUCCACCUUACACAGGCUUGGAGGCGCAAACAUAUGGAGAUGGGAUCAGCUAUAGAAAUCAGCUAGUGUUCUGCCCAAAAAACUGGUAA